GAAAAGAAAACAAAGAAUACUAGCAAGCACCACCACAGCGCUACUCCUCCCACAUAAAUCCGGACAAAAAAGCGAAACGAACGGCAGAAAAUGUACAGCGAGGACGCGUCGACGGUGAGCAGCCGCUCGGGUGACUCCGAAGAGCUGCAGCACGUUGCAGCAGAGCAGACCGGGGCGGCCAAAGCGAUGGGUGAGAGUGCCAGCUCGGAUGAGGCGCCAAUCGUGGUGGAGAGCGACGACAGCUACGACGAGGACGCCGACAACGUCUUUCACGGUGCCGUGCAGGCGUCCACCGUGCCCGUGGCGUGUCUCGAGCGCUGCGCCAUCUUCUUCGACGGGGCUCGCUUCGACCCGCGCAGCCAGAUCGGCGACGACAACGAGCGAGUCGUGGAGUGCAGCAUGGCGGUGGUGGAAUACCCCUUUUGUCGGCCGACGUGUGAGGCACCAAAGACGUUGAUUCACACCCCUGCGCUGAGCGUGAAGAAAAUAACGAAGAUUCAGCGCGCCGUGACGGUGCAGCGGUGGGGACAGCUCAUUGCGGCGCAGCACGGUAUUCCCUGCACAGCGGAGGGCGCCAGCACGGGGUAUGAAGAGCUGCAGAGGACCGUGCGGACCUAUGACGAGGUCAUUCAACGGUAUUACCAUAUGGUGAAGGACGGGAGCAGCAAGAACAACGGCAGCGACGGCACAGCGACCAAAGGUACUUCUGAGAUGUCGGUUGCUUUAUCAGAAGCUGAUUUGUACCGUACGUUGCCCGACAUGGUUUGGAACACAGUCGUGGCAGCUGUCAACGCCUGCCGGGCGGAGCGGGCACACGUUGAAGUGGCCUUCCUCACCACCAAGAAGCGCUACGAGGAGGUGUGCAAAUGCCUGCUGUGGCUGCAGACGCACGCGGAGGUAUCGUUUCCUCCCUAUCAAGUCUUCACGGUCGAGGAAGUGCUUGGUGAGGACUGGGAUGCCCUGGUGACGAGGGAGAGGGAAAACUGCAGUUGUGGCUACCACAACUACUUAAUGACGAAUAACUACGGCAACCGCCGGCACUGCUGCGAGGGCACCGUGACGGCCAUGCUGAAAGUCAUGCAGGCAGCGGUGCGUAAUUUAUAG